AUGGUGACUCGAAUGGAGCAGAAGGUUGAGCAUAUUGAUACACGGCUGGUUCAGACUGAGCAGGGUAUUGAGCUGCUACGAGGAGAUGUAUCAACCCUCAAAUGCGACAUAGCCACGAUACAAUCCUUGAUGACCGAGGUGCUGACAGAAAUGCGUCAGGCAAAGCGACCCGAAGCGAUCGGUACCCGGAUUGAAGAAUCCCCGGGGUCUAAGGUUACAACAGAGUACCCACGGACAGAGGAACAAGGCGAGACGGAGGUGAAAGAAGCCCGUAGUGACUUCUCCAAUCUCAGGAAACUUGAUAUGCCUUUGUUUUCGGGAGAGGACCCGCUAGGUUGGAUCUUCAGGAUUGAGCGAUACUUCAAGCUCAAUCGGAUUAUCGAUGAUGACAAAUUGGACGCGGCAGUGCUCUGUUUUGAGAACCGGGCGUUAAACUGGUUCCAGUGGUGUGAGAUUCGAAGUCCAUUGCGAAAUUGGAUUGAGCUUAAACGGGCUCUGGUGUUGCGUUUCCACCCGUCGCAGUGCGGAGGCACUUACGAGAUGUUAAUGGCACUCCGGCAGAGAGGGAUUGUGGUCGAAUAUAUUGAGCGGUUUGAGCUUCUCUCGGCUACUCUAGAUAAGUGCGACGACGAAGUGUUAAUCGCCGCCUUCCUGAAUGGAUUACACCCAGACAUCAAAGCCGACCUUCGGAUGAUUCCGUCGCAUUCCAUCCGAGAACUCAUGGAUAUGGCUUUACGGAUUGAGGAGCGCAACUGGGUCAAGUCUUCACUCCACGGGUACAGCGUUGACCGAGCCCCUAAGUUGUGGGAUACGGACAAAUGGGCCACACGUCCCAGCCCAACUCGUUACACAGCCGAAACAUCUAAACCGACGACCCACACCGCAGCAAUCUCGGCUGACCCCAAGAGCACACGCGUCGCGGAGAAGGUUGAGAUACCGGUGACUCACAUCACCAAGUCAGUACCAAAGAAACUCACUGAUGCUGAAAUUGAGAGGCGUCGAGAACUUGGUCUUUGCUUCAAGUGCGACGAGAAGUUUCGACCGGGACACAGAUGUAAAAAGAAGCAGCUGCAAGUGUUGAUCCUGGCUGAGGAGGCCGAUAAUGGCGAGAACCCGGAAUCAGAUGUUGUUACCCCUGCGAUAGCCUCUGAUAAUUUUCCUGACGAGCCGGCGACUGAGGGGCAGCUUAUGACUCUUUCUCUUAACGCAUUGGCAGGCGUGACCGGGGGAAAAACCAUCAAACUCAAGGGGACGGUGCUCGGUCAUUCCGCAUUAAUCCUUAUCGACUGCGGAGCCACACACAGUUUCAUUCACCACGAUUUGGUCAAUGCUCUCAACCUGACCCUUGAUCCGCGACUAUCCUUUACUGUUCAAGUAGGCGAUUCUCGUCAUGUGCAGGGCAGAGGAAUCUGUAGGGAUGGCAGAGGAAUCUGUAGGGAUGUACCCAUUGUGAUCCAGGGGCUCCACAUUAGUCAACACCUCUAUCCUUUUCAGCUGGGUGGGUCAGAUAUCAUCCUUGGUGCAGACUGGCUUGAGUCACUGGACGAAGUUCUGGUGAGCUGGAAAAGGUCGACCCUCAAGAUCGACAUAGGCGGGGAAUGGGUUUGUUUGCGAGGUGAUCCGUCCUUACAAAAGUCAGAGAUGUCGUCGUCUACACUCCUUAAAUCCAUGCGCUCAGCAGAUGUUGGUUUCCUAAUUGAGUUUACUGAGCUCAAAGUAACUGAUAUUAACCUUACGGAGAUUGCCGCAGAUGUUCAAGGCCUUCUUGGGGAGUUCCCUGCAGUACAAGUACAACCUACUGGCCUACCUCCUCACCGUUCGGUCGACCACACUAUUGAGUUAAAACCAGGAGAGGCUCCACCUAAUAUACGGCCUUACCGUUAUCCCCACUGCCAGAAAUCAGAAAUUGAGAAGAUGGUGCAAGAUAUGUUACAAACUGGUCUGAUUCGACCCAGCAGGAGCUCCUUCUCUAGUCCAGUUCUACUAGUCAAAAAGAAGGACGGUAGCUGGCGGUUUUGCAUUGACUAUAGGGCCUUGAAUAAAAUCACCAUUCAGGACAAGUUUCCAAUUCCAGCGAUUGAAGAACUCCUCGACGAGCUACAUGGGGCUCAGAUUUUUUCAAAACUAGAUUUAAAGUCAGGUUACCACCAGAUACGGAUGAAGCCAGGUGAGGAACAUAAGACCGCUUUCCGUACUCAUGAUGGCCAUUAUGAGUUUGUGGUCAUGCCGUUCGAGCUGAAGAACGCACCAUCUACCUUUCAAUCUCUCAUGAAUGAUAUUUUUCGUCAGUAUCUGAGGAAAUUCAUCUUGGUCUUCUUUGACGACAUUCUGGUCUACAGCGUGAACCGGCAGGAGCAUUUACGGCACUUAAGGGUGGCCUUGGAGGUACUACAGCAACACCACUUGGUCAUCAAUGCCGAAAAGUGCAUUUUCGCUCAGUCUGAAUUGGAAUACCUCGGCCACAUCAUUUCUCCAGCGGGGGUCCAUGCAGAUCCCUCAAAAGUGCAGAGCAUGUUGACUUGGCCUGUACCGCAAUCACUCAAGGAAUUACGGGGGUUUCUGGAUCUCACGGGUUAUUACCGCCGUUUCGUCAGGAAUUAUGGCACCCUAGCAUCUCCCCUCACCCGCUUGCUCAGGAAAAAUGCCUUCCACUGGAAUGAGGAGGCACAAUCCGCCUUCGAUAUCCUCAAACAGGCUAUGUCGUCAACACCGGUAUUAGCCAUUCCAGAUUUUCAGGUCCCUUUUGUCGUUGAGGCAGAUGCAUCUGGUACCGGUUUGGGAGCUGUCCUGAUGCAAAAUGGACGACCAUUGGCAUAUUACAGUCACCAUUUGUCAACUAAGAACCAACAGAAAUCUGUGUAUGAACGUGAGCUCAUGGCUAUUGUCUUUGCAGUAAAGAAAUGGCGGUAUUACUUGCUGGGAAGGCCUUUCCUCAUUAAAACAGAUCAAAAACCACUGAAGUAUCUCCUGGAACAACGGGUCCUGGAUGGUCAGCAACAGCAAUGGGUUUCAAAACUAAUGGGCUUUGACUUUCAGAUACAAUAUAAACCAGGGGCCUCCAAUUCUGCUGCAGAUGGACUGUCCCGAAGAGGGGGCGACUGUGCACUACAAGCGAUCUCAGUUCUGCAAAAUCCAGAUAUUGACUCGUGGGACCAAGAGGUUCGAGCGGACCCGACUUUGGCAGCGAUCAUUCAAGCCUUGGGCACCGGUCAGGAUUUCCAUGAUUCGCCCAUUGGGGGCCAUUCAGGGUACUUGCGUACAUAUAAGCGGCUUGCUUCGUUGUUCCACUGGGAUGGUAUGCGCCGAGAUGUCCAAAAAUACGUGGCGGCCUGUGAUACGUGCCUCAAGAACAAACACUUAGCUACCAGUCCAGCCGGGUUAUUACAACCACUACCGAUUCCUGACGCAGUAUGGACUGACAUUACCAUGGACUUCAUCACCGGAUUACCCAACUUAAAGAAGCCUCCCAUGAAUAAUAGAAUAAAGAAAAUGGACCACCAUGGAAGCUGCAGAGCCAUAGAUGUCAAAGUGGCAAGAGCCAGAGAGCCAAACACAGUCAUGAGCGCUUCAAACUGA